CCCCACAUCCCCCCCGUGUCCCCUGUGUCCCCACAUCCCCCGUGUCCCCUGUGUCCCCACAUCCCCCGUGUCCCCUGUGUCCUCACAUCCCCCGUGUCCCCAGUGUCCCCACAUCCCCAGUGUCCCCAGUGUCCCCACAUCCCCCCCGUGUCCCCGCCCCGCAUCCCCUUGGCCAUGCCCGAGGCCGUGCACUACAUCCACCUGCAGAACUUCAGCCGCUCGCUGCUGGAGACGCUCAACGGGCAGCGCGUGGCCGGCCAGUUCUGCGACGUCACCGUGCGCAUCCGCGAGGCCUCCCUGCGCGCCCACCGCUGCGUGCUGGCCGCCGGCAGCCCCUUCUUCCACGACAAGCUGCUGCUGGGCCACUCGGCCAUCGAGGUGCCGCCCGUGGUGCCCUCGGCCGCCGUGCGCCAGCUGGUCGAGUUCCUCUACAGCGGCAGCCUGGUGGUGGCCCAGUCCGAGGCGCUGCACAUCCUCACCGCCGCCUCCGUGCUGCAGAUCAAGACCGUCAUCGACGAGUGCACCCAGAUCAUCUCGCAGGGCCGCGGCCCCGCCGCGCUGCCCGCGCCCCGCAAGCCGCCGGGGCCGCCGCCCGCCUCCCCGCCGCGGCUCCCGGGGCUCUCGGAGCCGGCGCCCGGCGGCCACAGCCGCAAGCAGCGGCAGCCGCUGCGCCUGGCGCCCGCGCUCAAGGAGGAGCGGGAGGACUUGGAGGAGGAGGAGGAGGAGGAGGACUUGGAGGAGGAGGAGGAGGAGGGGGCGUGGCCCCCCCGCCCUUCCCCGCCCCGGACCCCCCCGUUUUUCGGCGCCCCCGAGGUUUUCCCCGACGCUUUCCUGCCGCCCUGGCCCGGCGACGACGACGACGGCGGCGGCGGCGGCGCCUUCGGGCCCCGGCGCGGCCGGGAGGCGCCGGGGGGGACGGGUUCGGGUUCGGGGCUCCCCCCGCCUUUGCCGCCGCCCUACGAGGGGGGCGCGGAGGGGGGAGCCGUCCCCAUGGCCCCCCCGGCGCCCCCCGCCGCGCCCCCCCGCGGCCCCCAGCCCCCGUACCAGUGCGGGCACUGCCAGAAGAGCUUCAGCUCCCGCAAGAACUACACCAAGCACAUGUUCAUCCACUCAGGUGAGCGGGGCCGCGCGCCGCCGAGGGGUCGCGGUGCCACCUGGGGGGGCUGGGGUUGA